UUUGUAUUGCAGAGAAAACGAUUUUCGCGCCUGCCAUGGAUCCUUCAGAGCAUGUAGAAUCACUCCCUUGCGUCUGGAUUGCGGACCAUGGAGCCUGCGGUUACUUCUGUGUUGCACGUACGAGGGCGUUAACCCAUUACGUGCGAGCUUGCUGCUGGUCUUCUUUCAUUUUAGUCGUGAGAAGCGACAGUUCUCCUUGAAACUCCGCGAGAAGUUCUGCAGAAGUCGAUCUGGUGCGUGGAUUUUGAACUGGAGUGCUUCUUAAGAUCACAUUGGGAGAGAGAGAGAGAGAGAGAGAGCGAGAGAGAGAGAGAGAGUCAGUAGGCUGUGGCUAUGGCAGAGUUACUUGAUGAACUCGGUUAUCCAACUGAAGUUACGAAGAGUGAAGUGGUGUCUGCAUUUCUUCAGACUAUUCAAAGGACCUUGAAUUGCUUAUCAGCUGAUGAGCAAAAGUCGCGAAGAGAUGCAUUAGAGAAACUCCAAGUGUGUUUGCUGAAAGAUGACGGAUCAGGGUCGUUGCCUCCAAUGGACGUUCUUCAGGCUGCGUGGGAUGAAGUAAUUCUUGAGAAGGCUCUUCAAUGUGUUGCUGAUCCGAUCGAAAAAUGCCGGGAGCUUUCUAUUCAACUCAUUCGCGGAGUAGCCCAGUCACUCAUCGAGGUGGACUGGACCUUGAAGGAAACUGUCCGAGUCAUGUCUGAAAGGAUGGGACAGGUACCAGUACUAGAAGACUCUGAGGAGAUACGGUUUCAGCUACUUUCGCUGUUGAUUGAUGUCUUGCUUCCACAAUGCGAGCUUCCGACACUAAAAACCACUGUGGAUGCUCUGCACAGGAUAGUGGCUUUGACCCUUUACGAUCAAUUUCAUGAGGUGCAAAAGAAAGCUUGCACUGUUCUUAUCAUAACGGCGAACCGAGAUCCAGAAGUUUUCGGAAACAAGACCGGAGCUUUUCUUAAAGGCCUCAUCCCCUGCCUCAGUCACACUCACUCCCGAGUAAGAAUUGCAGUAUUCCAGGCAAUUGACGCCCUGAUGCAAUGCGGGCUCACUCAACGUUUAGUGGCUCAGCAGCUAGGACCUGGAACAAAGUCGUUAGCAUUUGAUCACUCUACUACUGUCAGAGAGCUGUUUUUUUCCAGUGUUGCCAACUGGCUCAAUUACAAAGUGAGCUUGAUGAGUGAUGAGGAGGCUCACCAGUGCGUCGUUUCUGGAAAAAUCCCGCGCUUCCACGUCCCAGAACUUCUUCCUCUUCUGUUGCUGGGUAUAACAGAUGACUGCAUUGACAUAGCCGUAUCAACGUAUGAGAAACUUGAAGCCAUUGGCAGAAUCUACAAGAGAUUUAUCGACGAACUAGAUAUUAGAGUUACACACGACAAUGCGGGCAAACCCUUUAGAACCCCAGAAGAAGAUGCAGCAAUUAUGGAGAAGGUACUUGACCAAGAUCGAAAAUGUGAAGAGCGGCAUCAACGAGAGCUGCGAGAAGUGGAGGAAGAACGAAGGUUAGAAUGCCAAAGAGAAAGAGUGAAGAGAGAACGAGAGUGGAUUACAAAUCUCAAUGAAUUAGAAUCCGAGUCCACCUCGGCUCAUGUUCUCACGGAGAAUAAUUCAAUUAAAGAAAUUUCUACUGCAAAUACUGGGGAUAGAAGUUUAGAGCUGCGUGGCAAAGUAGUUCAGAAUGAAGAUGAGACUAAAGUGCUACAUCUUGAGAAAAACACUCAGGAGCUUAAGUUAGAAAAUUGUGAGCAGAGCCCUGCACCUGAAGAAAGCGUUAGCAUAAUCAAUCUUUACCCACGGGAAUAUUCUGAUAUGAUUGUUGAUCAAGCUAUCAUGCAAGAGGAUAGAAAAUUUAACGUAGACGAGGGAGAAACCAAUGAGAAUGAGAUACGUGCAGAGGCCAAUAGCACCGGAAAUGAGGCCAUGAAAAGGGACGAAGAAAACACAAUGGCAGGAGAAAAUAUUGGCGUGCAUGGACUACACAUUUUAACUAAUCAGGAACUUCGGAGGGAAUUUUCUAAGUAUUCGCAGGGGGAAGUUCGGAUGAGGGCUACUAGUGAGAUCACAGAUGAGGGUGCAGUCCAAAAGCAGGAUGAGGCAGGUGUGGAGACACUGCAUUUGCCAAAACCUUAUCAAGGUAGACCCGGAGCUGGAUGUCGGCUUAUGGUUGAGGCAUUCCUGAGACCUAUGAUAGAACCAGCUCUUUUAGAGCUGAAGCAAUGGACUGCUCCUACCCGAUUAAGUGCAGCCCGCUAUCUUCACACUCUUAUGGUAAUGGGUGAAGGACUUGCAAAGGAUAACCUUGAUAUUCUUAUUCCAGCCUUUUGCAGGUCUUUUAUAACCGACUAUCAAGAACCACGUAUUCUUUGCAGUGCAGUUGGAGACGAUGAUGUAAGGGUUGCAAAGCGAGUUGUUGCUACCAUACAUAUUGUUGGGUUCCAUGUGCCUCCUAGAAAAUGGUUACCUCUAACUCUAAAACAUUUGGGAAAUGCGAAAGCAAGUCGAGCACAGAAAGCAAACGUUCUUGUUGUUAUGGCUGCCUUUUUGUAUGGAACGCCUGGUAAAGCAAUCGAGGAGAAACAUAUUGCGAAGAUCUGUGAUAAGCUAUAUGAUAAAGACGUAUCCUGCUGUGACCACCUUGCUGUUCAGAAUCAGCUUCUUUCAGUUGUGACUAAUUUAAUUCAAGUUGCUGGAGCACUGUGCAAAACCUCAACCUUCAAGAUAUUCGUUUUGCUCCUUCAAGUUCAAAGUGUUGAUGGAGAUACACGGCUCCAAAAGAGAUCAGGUCAGGUUCUGGAAGAUCUUGCCCACGCAUUAGGAAUGGAAUCAGCGCGAGAGCUUUACGUGCAGUAUGUUCACAAUGUAUUGGAUAUUGUCACUGCUGAUCACGAAGGCUGGUCCUCGGGUCUGCAAGGGAAACUAAUGUUUCAAACUUUCAUGCGGAGUGCCAACGAUGCUGUGGGCCCUCAUCUAGAGUCACUUCUGCCAUUGUUCAAUGCAUGCUUGCAACCGGACCAAGACCCUGGUCUACGAAUCGGCUUCUUGCAGCUUCUGGAUGAGUUAUUUGAGACGCCAGGGUUAGAAUCUUCAUGGAGGUCUCUUGCUGUGACCAUCAUUGGCAAGAUUUUGACACCCUGUGCAGUUUGGCGGGCAAGCAAGACAGAAGCUGCUGUGCGGUAUGGUGCAAUGGUCGCACUAGGAACAUUUCUUAGGAAAGACAUGUGCAGCCAGGUCCAUAUGGAAGAGAUCAUGAAAUUGCCAGAAGGUUUUCUACCAGUCAUCAAAAAUUGUUUGGAUGAAGACUAUUUUUUGGAUGUGCGACGUGCCACUACUCACGUGAUGUAUCAGUUUCUUCGAGUUGGUGGUCUCAUUUUGAGUGACGAGGAGAGGUCCAAAAUCAUUAAACUUCUCUCUAAGCGUAUGGAUGAUAGCAGCAACAUCAUUCGCAGAUGUAUUUUGCCAGCCGUGGAGAUGUUUUUCACCACUAUGCCCUUCUCUUUCAGCGAUUCUGAGGUGAAAGAUUUUCUUUUAUUACUUGUUGUUCAUAUGGAUGACGAGAAUCCUCAAAUACAGGAAGGUGUUUGCAAAGCAAUGCAGGCAUGCGCUUUGAAAAAACCUAAGAUUGUUAAGGAAGUUUCAUGUGGUGCUUGUGGCCAUCGGAAGAACCCACUCUGCCACGUCUAUCGUGUCCUCAACGUUGUUUGUGAUCACCUUCAACCCAGCUCCAGCCCAGACCAAAUCUCCUCGGAACAAUUGCAAGAUUGAUGGACCUCAUGCAGAUUGAAAACAUGGAACAACAACAUGCACAUGAAAAUUGGUUAACAAUUCACGUGUUAAACCUCCUGAUGUGUAUCUAAACCGGGAAACAUGUUUAUUUUUGCAAAAAUAGUUAAUCCUUACCAACACAUAAUUAAAAAAUUAAGCAGAAGGAGAAAUAAGAAGGCUGAAGAAUAGGUCGAUGAAGAGCUUCCACAUAUCUCAAUUAUCUCAAAUCUUUAAACCUCAUUCUCUAAAUACUAAUGAAAGAUUGUUGUUGCCCACAUCCUAAGGGUAUUCCAUAAUUAAAAACCCCAUUUUGAAAGGC